AACAGGACGCGUUGUACGGUUUUAAUUGUUUACGAUCAGAAACCAGUAUGAUAUGUUAUGGUUCCGGAUAUAAACCUACUCACAUUCUUAUUAGUUUAAUGUCACCCUACCCUACCGAGAUCGUCCCCGAAAGAGUACAACAGAAAGUUUUCAGUAGAAAAUAAUUUGACUACCAAAUCCACGAGUUGAUUUCGAUCGGCUUCUGAAGGUUUCCACCCACUUUAUACGACGAACAGGCUCAUACGCAUAGAGGCACACAGCGCCGCGCAACGGCUCGCCUUCCUUCACUGCGGUACUGUCUUAAAAUCACGUGACGGGCAACAUGUAUUUGGCCUGGAAUACAUCGGCUUAUUACAGUUUUUGAGUACUGGCUAUAUAUAAUUAUAUAUCAUAUAUUUAUCCUGUGUAUUCUAUGUAAUAUAUACACACCGGUGUGCAUGUAUGUGUAAGUGCGCGUGUGUUCUGAAGUAGAUGUAAAUUAACUCUGUGUAAUUACACAUAGUUAGAUAUGUAAUCAAACUAAUUGAUCAUAGCUGUCCUCUUUAAUGCACGUGUGGAUUUCAACAUGUGUUCUCCUGAGUAGUAAUGGUACUAGUACCGUCAUCGAGUGGACAGCGGGGAACAUUCCGUAGCUGGACAGUUUUUCUCAUUCGUUCUUGUGAAUAUCUCUUGGGAUAGUGUCCGCUGUUUUCCACGGGAAACAUCUACUUCUAAGUCAGGGCCAAGCUCAACAUCUCACAAGGAUGCGAAUCUGGAUUAUACAAAGAAAAUUAUUUUUACACAUAACGAUGCUGAUUCUAUUCCAUGACCAGGUAUGGACCAACGCGGAAGACAACAAAAAAGAUUUGACGAGGAUGUUAGAGUUGAUCGAGGAACAAGUAGGAAAUACACCUCCAAAUUUUAAUGAUGCUUUCCCGACGGAGGUGGAAUGUGAACUAUAUGUGGACAGCUUUGAUUCUAUCAAUGAGGCUAAUAUGGAUUUCACCGUUAGUAUUUUUAUACAUUUGAUGUGGCAGGACCUCCGCUUCCUUACAUGGCUACGUCUGACGGACAAUAAUUCAUACAUCGAAGCAGACUCUAAACGAUUAGCAAAUUUAUGGGUUCCGGAUUUAUAUUUCCCAAACGAAAAGAAAGCAUUCUUCCAUAACGUUUUCAUGCCUAACAAAAUGCUUAGGAUAUUUGGAGAUGGGAAGGUAUCUUACACAGCGAGACUUUCACUGACACUAAGUUGCCCAAUGGAUCUACACCAUUACCCGUUUGAUGAACAACAAUGCCCUAUUAUAAUGGAAAGUUUUAGCUACGAUGAAAACAAUAUAAUAAUGAAAUGGAUAGGAGAAAAUACAACGGAUGGGACUGAAGACGCUGUACAAAUUAACCGGGAGAUCACUCUACCUCAGUUCGAGGUGUACGACAUCGCGUCUACCAGCUUCAAGCGAGAGCGAAAAGGAUCUUAUGCCCGACACAGUGGUUUACGGACGGACUUCUACUUGGCACGAAACAUUGGGUAUUACGUGGUGCAAAUGUAUAUCCCAAGUAUCCUUGUUGUUAUGUUGUCAUGGAUAUCAUUCUGGCUGAACGUCAACGCCGUACCUGGUAGGAUAUCUCUAGGAGUUCUAACCGUGCUUACCAUGACGACACAAAGCUCGAGCGUGAACGCCUCUCUGCCUCGAGUUUCCUAUACCAAGGCUAUAGAUAUCUGGAUGUCUGUGUGCCUCUUGUUCGUUUUCGCCGCACUGAUAGAGUUUGCUGUGGCGAAUGUUCUCAGUAACAAAGACAAUAAUAAGGGAUUGAAAGUUAAAAGUAUGUUUCAUAUACUCAAACCAGGUUCUAAAAAGAAAAAGCCGAAAACUGAGAUCCUAGUCGGCGAGGACGGUGAAAUGAGACUUGAUCCGGAAAGGGACCCCACAAUCCAACGUAAAAAGGUGUCGGGAAUGGUGUUUGCCAUGUACCUGGAUGUAGCCUCCCGGUUUUUAUUUCCAUUUUUCUUUGCCCUGUUUAAUCUUGUAUACUGGGCCCAUUACUUAUCCACCAGUUAGUUCGGACACCAUUUUAGUGUUUGCUUCCAAACAACUUAGAAAUAUUAUCAUUGAUCUCUUGAAAGCGUUAAAUCAUACCAUGUAUAUAAUCAAGUAUAUGCAAAGAUUUUUUUCUCUCUUUGGAUACUUUGUUAUUAAAUGUCAUCUCCGAAGUUUCCUUUUUAAUAUGUUAACAAAUUGUCCAUGGUGAUAUCUGCCUUCUCCGUGAUUUUUAUGUGUUGAUAAUUUGGGUCGGCGUUGUCAAAUAAAAGUCACGGAUGUCAGAAAUUAAAGUCACAUGCAGUAUGUCAGAGUUGUUACUAACUUGGCUUAAGAAAAUGUUUUGUGUUAGAAAAUCAAAUAUUGAUUAUAAAGUGUUAUUGAUAUUGAGAUGUUUGUAUAUUAAAACAUUACUAAGUUUAUCUUAUAAACCAUGUUACUAUUAACGGUUUUACGGGAUAUUUGAAAAAAAUAGAAUAUAUACUAUAUAAGUUCUACUGUUGCUAGAGUAUAGCAUA